AUGAAUUACACCGAGCAAUUCAAACAACACCAAAGGCUACAGGUUUCAGUGUUAAACGCGACGCCAGCAGCCGCCUAUCUCCCUCUGCAGACUCUAGAAUCGCAGCAAUUGCUACAAGAUCUCCUAGAAAAUGCGGGCGGCGCUGGUGCUGAGGUUCAAGGACAUUUCCAGCGCGCCGUCGCUAGCAUCAUCCAUACAUUGUUGUAUGGCUUCCGUGUCAAAGACUAUAACGACCCGGUACUUCGCACCGUUGUUGACCUCAACGAUGAAUUCUCUCAGUUUGUCCAGGUUGGCGCGCACAUUGUUGACCAGUUCCCCGUGCUUAAUAACCUACCCGGCUUCUUGGCCCCAUGGCAGGCAAAAGCCGAGAACCACUACACCAGGAAACAUGAUCUGCGCGGUAAAAACUUCCGGCGUGGUCUGGAGUCCGAUACCUGGAAUAUAUCAAAGCAUCUCAAGAAAGCUGUCGAAAAGGAUGGCCUCGAUAUGCCUAUGAACGAGCUAGCCUUUGAGCUUGGUACCAUGAUCGAUGCCGCGCUGGACGGCACUACAGACAGCUUGCUCUGGUUUGUGGUGGCUUGCGUCACGCAAGAUCAGGGCUUCGUUGCUAAGGCACGCAAGGAGCUAGAUGCCGUUGUUGGGCAUGGUCGACUCCCAGUCCUAGACGACAAGCCCAAUAUGCCAUACAUCACCGCAAUUGUCGAAGAGAUAUUCCGUUGGCGACCCGUCGGUCCCGAAGGCGUCCCUCACUUGAACAAGGAGGAGACUACCUACAAUGGAUAUACUAUUCCCAAGGGAUCUGUUAUUAUCCCUAACGUUUGGACAAUCUCCCGAGAAGAAGCCUUGUUUGGCGCUGACCCCGAUGAUUUCAUACCUGAUCGCUGGCUCGAUGAGAACGGCAGAACCCUCAAAGACCUCCCCGCUGCCGGCUUCGGUUAUGGGAGGCGAACCUGCCCUGGGCGGUAUUUUGCCCGCAAUUUUAUCUGGAUCGUUGUUGCCCAGGUACUAUGGUCCUUCGAUAUCAAGGCUGGCCUGUCUGAGGAGACGGGCGAGCCCGUCGUCGUUGACCCUUUUGCGUGUACUUACGGCUUGGUCAUGCGGGCUCUGCCUUUCAAGGCUUUGUUUAACCCUCGUGGACCUUGGGUGCGUGAAGUGAUUGCCAGAACUGGUGACACUUAUAGCAAGGACCACAUGGCCAUGCUCAAGCAAAUUGGCGCGGAGUUCGAUAGGUUGUAG